AUGGCAUUUUAUAAUUGCCCUAAUCUUCUUGAAAUGAAAAUACCAGAGACUUUGACUUCUGUUUCUACUGCUGUGUUUUUCAACUGCAUGAAGUUGAAAUUAGAUGUCAGUGAUAAUAAACACAUUAACUAUGUAGACAAUAUGCUGUUCACCAAUGAAAGAAAAUCUUUAUCAGAUUAUUUCGGUGAUGAUCCUAAUACUGACUUAGUAAUUCCAGAUGGAUUGAAUUUGGUUGGAUAUUCAACUUUCAAUGCAAAGAAGUUACGAUCAAUAUCAUUUAAUGGCGCAUCUUUAAUUCAAAUUGAUAGACUAGCUUUUUAUAAAUGCACGCUGGAGAAGAUCACUUUGCCAUCAAGCCUGAAUUCAAUUGGAGAUCAAUGUUUCCAAGGCUGUCCGAAUCUCAAAACAGUUGAGUUUCCAAAUAAUGAAGUUCUUACCAUUAUUCCAAAGAACUGUUUCAGUGGUUGUACGCAGUUGCGGAAUAUAAUAUUACCAUCUUCUAUUACAACUAUUCGUGAACGAGCAUUUGGAGACUGUACUAACAUAGGAGAUAUUGGAUUAUCAGGAACACAGAUCCAAAACAUUGACAUAUUUGCAUUUGUUAACAGUGGAAUUACGUCUUGUGAUAGUGGAAAGAACUUAUUGACUUUCAAUUAUGGAGCUUUUAUGAACAGCAAAAUACAAUCUUUAACUGUUAGCACUAGCUCCAUUCCAGAAAACUGUUUCUAUAAUUGCAUUUAUCUCACUUCUAUUACAUUCAACAACAAUAUCGCUUCAAUUGAAGCAUCUGCAUUUGAAAAAUGCGUUUCAUUGCGAGAAUUCGUUAUCCCGAACAGUGUAACAGUAAUUAAGUCAUUUGCAUUUAGAAAUUGCAUAUCUCUUAAUAAAGUUUCUCUUUCUUUGAACAGUGUCCUUUCUGAAAUAUAUGGAGGAACUUUCAUAAAUUGUCCACAAUUAGUAUCAAUAAAGUUAAAUUCAGAAGAUAGACUAUACAGAUUUAGUAAUGAUGCCCUAACAAAUUAUGAAGAAACAAAAUUAAUAACAUUCAUUCCAUCAAGCCCCAUUGAUACAUAUAUUGUUCCAAUGACAAUGACAUCUAUUGGAAACUAUGCUUUUAUGUCGUGUUCAAAUUUGGUUAGAAUUCUUUUUAGCGGAAACAAUAUUCAAUCAAUAGGCCGAGAAUCUUUCAAAGAUUGUACUAAAUUGGCAUUUCUAUUCAUUACAAGUACAAGCCUGUCAACAAUAGGUGACAAUGCCUUUGACAAUACUCCUUAUCUUAGAAAAUGUGGCGCUGUUCGAUGUGAUGCAUCAAAAACAGAUAUCUUUCUUCAAAAAAACAUCCCAACUAUUUCAUUUAGAUUAGAUUGUAAGAAUGAAUAUGUCACAUGCUUGCAAAAGUCAUCUUACUCCAUAUCAAUUUUAUUAAUUUCACCUUUUAUUCUCAUGUAA